CUGGCGGCGGCGCGGCGCGGUGGUCCUGGUGACGUGUGGUCGCGCUUUGCAGUGGGCACGGCCGGUCUGGGCCCCGACGAGCUGCUGGCUCUGGAGCGCGAGCAGGCGCGGCAUGGCGACCUCCUGCUGCUGCCAGCGCUGCGCGACUCCUACGAGAACCUGACCGCCAAGGUGCUGGCCAUGCUGACCUGGCUCGACGAGCACGUGGCCUUUGACUUCGUCCUCAAGGCGGACGACGACUCCUUCGUGCGCCUGGACGCCAUGGUGGCCGAACUGCGCGCACGGGACCCACCACGCCGCCGCCGCCUCUACUGGGGCUUUUUCUCGGGCCGAGGCCGCGUGAAGCCCGGGGGGCGGUGGCGGGAGAGUGCCUGGCAGCUCUGCGACUACUAUCUGCCCUACGCCCUAGGCGGGGGCUACGUGCUCUCCGCAGACCUGGUGCACUACCUGCGCCUUAGCCGCGAGUACUUGCGCGCAUGGCACAGCGAGGACGUGUCACUGGGCGCCUGGCUGGCCCCCGUGGACGUGCAGCGGGAGCACGACCCGCGCUUCGACACCGAGUACAAGUCCCGUGGCUGCAGCAACCAGUACCUGGUGACGCACAAGCAGAGCCUGGAGGACAUGCUGGAGAAGCACCAGAUGCUGACACGUGAGGGCCGCCUGUGCAAGGAGGAGGUGCGGCUGCGCCUCUCCUACAUCUACGAUUGGUCAGCACCCCCUUCGCAGUGUUGCCAGAGGAAGGAGGGCAUCCCCUGAGCCGCUUCCGGCUGCCAAGCAACCACCGAAAACAGGUGUUUGAGUCUUGAAGCGCCUGACAGACAAACGCCCUCCACGGUUGCCACUAGCAAGGAGGGUUAUUGGGGGUUUGCGGGUCAUGAAGUCAAAGCAGAGGAAGCUUUCGGGACACCCCAUAAGCGCUCGCGUGACACGGACAGGUUCUGGCCAGCUUUCCACGCUGCGUCCUGGGAGAUCUGGUGUAUGCAGUGAGUAAUGGUACUUGUGGACAGACGCCAAUGCAUCCCUGAGCAGCACCUACCCCCACCUCCACCUGCCGCACCCAGGAGAACCCCUGGGGACAGCAGGGCAGCACAGCACAUCGCUGCGGGUGACUUCUAUUUUAGCCCAUCUGGGCCAAGAGGAUGCUGAGCUCUGGGUGAGAAACGCCCGGUAGGGACUAGGGAGGGCCCCAGAAGCUGGAGAUGGCAAGCCCAUGCUGAACCUACACCAAAAGAAUCGAUUCGUGUAGCAGGGGCUACGUCGUGCAGCACGUCCCACUCACCAUCCUCUCAGACCAACCUGAACAGCCAGGCCCCCAGCAGUGCACCUCCUGGGCUGCCCACCUGCAAGCCCAAACGGCAUUUGCCAAAAAGGAUCGUCAUUUCAUCAGCAUUGCCUGUCAGUAUAAAUCUUAAGACUGGACUAAGGUUUCUUAGGGAUUUGUUUCACUGUAGUUUGGUCCGUGCGUCUCCCUCUAGUGUAUGUGUUGUAAGUAAAAUCAGAUGUCCAUCUGUAAUUUAUUGAUAAAGAUUAUAAAUUUGGAUAGAUAGGCAUUUGAAUGGAGCCCUGGGUGGGUCUCAGUAUUUUUCCCAUUAUUUAAGAGACGACUUUCCUGUCCGAACUCUUUGAAUUUGUGACUUCGUCUGUUUCUAGCACUUGAGUUGUAGGCCUGGUGGCUGCGUGUCUGUUUAAACUUGAAAGAAUGCAAAAAACCCUUCUCAUUUCUCUUUCAAGUUUACACAUAAAUCAUGUCCAGUGUCUCCUUCUAAAAGAUUCCUUUUAAGGCUUCCUUGUGGAGUGUUGGACGGUCAGGACCUGCGUCGAUCACAAAGGGCAAGCAUUUCUUGUUGGAUUCCGGGCCGAAGUUCCAAAAAUCUGAACUCUGCAGCGUGUUGAUGAGUUUUCCCAAGUUCUGGCUUAAGAAAACAGCCUUCGCUGGCAGGAGCUAGGAGCCGUGUUCCGCCUGGCCGACCGUCUCACACACACAGACAUCCUCAGAACCCCUGGAGCCCAGUGACUUUGUUUCUUUUAUUUAUUAUUUAUUUUUAAAUUAAAUGUGAAACGUGAA